UUCUUUGCCUUCAGCAUCGGCCUUUUCUCUGGGAAAUGACGCCGGGCCCGAGGGUCCGGCAGGAGCGUGGCGGGGCCUCGAGGGCCUUCUGUGGCCCGGCCCCCUCCUCGGCGGGCACCCGCGGCCAGGCUCUUGGUCCGCCCCCGCCCGGGACACAGAUGGGCGCCCCCGAGCUUGGCCGGGAGGAGGGGGCCCUGCCACCCCUCCUAUUUACGGCUGCCCUUUCGUGUCUCCUCUCUCCAGAGCCAUCAGGAACCCGAACCUGCCCACACUGGUAUCUUCCAUCGUCCCUGCCCCGUGUGUGUGUGUGCCCGUCAUCCCUCCGACAUAGCCUGCUCGCAGCGGCUCGCCCGGGCCAGGAGGAAUAUGCAUCUGGAGAUCAAAGUCGCCCUCAACUUCAUCAUCUCUUACCUGUACAACAAGCUGCCCAGGCGCCGCGCGGACCUCUUCGGCGAGGAGCUGGAGCGCCUGCUCAAGAAGAAGUACGAAGGCCACUGGUACCCGGCCAAGCCCCUCAAGGGCUCGGGCUUCCGCUGCGUGCACAUCGGCGAGACGGUGGACCCCGUGGUGGAGCUGGCGGCCAAGCGCAGCGGCCUGGCCGUGGACGAGGUGCGGGCCAACGUGCCCGAGGAGCUCAGCGUGUGGAUCGACCCCUUCGAGGUCUCCUACCAGAUCGGGGAGAAGGGCAGCGUCAAGGUCCUGUACCUGGACGACAGCGAGGGCUGCGGCGGCGGCGCGGCGGCCGCCGAGCUGGACAAGGAGAUCCGGAGCAGCUUCAACCCCGACGCGCAGGUGUUCGUGCCCAUCGGCAGCCAGGACAACUCCCUGUCCAACUCGCCGUCCCCGUCCCUGGGCCAGUCCCCCAGCCCCACCUUCAUCCCCCGCUCGGCCCAGCCCAUCACCUUCACCACGGCCGCCUUCGCCGCCACCAAGUUUGGCUCGACCAAGAUGAAGAAGGGCGGCGGGGGCGGGGGGGGCCAGCAGCCCCCUCCCCAGCAGCCCCGCCUGGCCAGGUCCCCCACCGACACCCUGCUGAGGCAGAAGGGCCUCUCCCUGUCUAUGCAUUCUCUGAAUUUCAUCGGGGCCGGCCCGGCCCCCCAGUCCCAGCUCUCCCCCAAUGCCAAGGAAUUCGUGUACAGCGGGGGCUCCCCCAGCCUCUUCUUUGAUGGGGGGGCCGACGGGCCACCCGGCGGCACCCCCUUCGGUGGCCCCAGCGGCGGCGGCGGCGGCGGCGGCGGCUCCGGCGGCUUCGACGUGGCCCAGGUGUUUGGGGGUGGUGCCAACGGCCUCUUCCUGGAGAAGUCGCCCUUCGUGGAGGGCCUCAGUUACAACCUGAACACCAUGCAGUACCCCAGCCAGUCCUUCCAGCCCGUGGUCCUGGCCAACUGACCACCCGCAGGGGGCAGGGGAGACCACCGCCACCAAAAAGAGAAAGGAAAGGAAAAAAAAAAGGAAAAAUAGAAAUAUACAAAAAGAUUUCCCAUCUUCUUCCUUCUGGCUUCUCCACAAAGGAGGCGCCCGGCCCGGCCCCUGCCGCCCGCCCGCCCGCCCGCCCCUCCCUCAUUGGCCGGCUGGUUGGGGGUCGGAAGGUCCGGAUCUCGGUUUCCCCUAAUGUCGUCGUCGUCGUCGUCGUCGUCAUCGUCGGGGGCUUCUCGGCGUGCUGAGGCUCCCUCCCUUCCUCGUGCCCUGUCCAGAGAGCGGCCCAGGGAGGGGAGAAGACUGGGGAUGAGCUUGCGGCCUCUGGCCAGACCCUGAGAGCUCUGCCCUGGUCUGGCGAGUACCGGGCGGCAGCGCAGGCUCCGGCCACGAGAGCCCUCCGGGGCCUCGGCCUCUGCCCUGCGGCCUCGGUCUCUCUAAGCCUUCCCGGCCACCGAGCCUUUGAUCUCAGGGCCCAGGAGAGCCAUCCGCCCUCGGCCUGGCGCGGCUCGGGCAACCUCCCCCCGGUGCCUCAGCUGCCCGUCCUCGGGCCGGGCAGCGUCUUCCUGGAUUUUGACU